GUUAUUAAAUGCAAAGCUGCUGUUGCCUGGGAGGCAGGUAAACCUCUGUCUCUUGAGGAAGUGGAGGUUGCUCCACCAAAAGCUCAUGAAGUUCGUAUCAAGAUAGUUGCCACUGCUGUCUGUCACACUGAUGCCUAUACUCUGAGUGGUGCUGAUCCUGAAGGAUGUUUCCCUGUGAUCUUGGGUCACGAAGGAGCAGGAAUUGUGGAGAGUGUUGGGGAAGGAGUAACAAAAGUGAAGGCAGGGGACACUGUUAUCCCUCUAUACAUCCCCCAGUGUGGAGAGUGCAAGUUCUGUAAAAAUCCUAAAACAAAUCUGUGCCAGAAGAUAAG